UCUGAGUUCAUCUUUUAGUUCUUGUUCAGCCGAAUCAGUUCGAUCCAUCCUCUUACUUUAUCAUCAAGAUGGCUAACGCCAAUUCAGGUGGGCUGAAAGCUCUUCCUGCUGAUACAAGAGGGAGGACCCCAGAGAAUGGCUCACUUGUUGUGUGUUUUGGGGAGAUGUUAAUUGACUUUGUUCCAACUGUUGCUGGAGUUUCCAUUGCAGAAGCACCUGCAUUUAAGAAAGCCCCUGGUGGAGCUCCUGCAAAUGUUGCUGUCGGGAUUGCAAGAUUGGGUGGAUCAUCAGCAUUUAUUGGCAAGGUAGGUGCGGAUGAAUUUGGUUAUAUGUUGGCUGACAUCCUGAAACAAAAUAAUGUCAACAAUUCUGGCAUGCGUUUUGAUCCUGGUGCACGGACUGCACUGGCAUUUGUUACACUGAGAGCUGAUGGUGAGCGUGAGUUCAUGUUUUUCCGCCAUCCUAGUGCAGAUAUGCUUCUUCGAGAAUCAGAACUUGAUGUGGACCUUAUUAAGAAGCAGGCAUCUAUUUUUCACUAUGGCUCAAUCAGUUUGAUUGCGGAACCAUGUAGGUCUACGCAUAUUGCUGCAAUGAACAUUGCUAAGAAAUCUGGUAGCAUCCUAUCUUUUGAUCCAAAUUUGAGAUUGCCUCUGUGGCCAUCACCAGAAGCUGCUCGGCAGGGUAUAAUGAGCAUAUGGGACCAAGCAGACAUUAUCAAGGUAAGUGAGGAUGAAAUUUCAUUCUUGACAGAAGGAGAUGAUCCUAAUGAUGAUAAUGUGGUGAUAAAGAAGCUUUUUCGCCCUAACUUUAAGCUUUUGCUUGUUACUGAAGGGUCAGAAGGUUGCAGAUACUUCACCAAGGAAUUUAGGGGUAGGGUUCCUGGUAUUAAAGUUAAAGCUGUCGAUACAACUGGUGCUGGUGAUGCAUUUGUAAGUGGGUUGCUGAGCAGCUUGGCAUCUGACCAAAAUCUGUAUCAGGAUGAGAAGCGGUUAAGGGAGGCUCUUCUGUUUGCAAAUGCAUGUGGUGCACUUACAGUCACAGAGAGAGGAGCUAUUCCUGCCUUGCCAACAAGAGAGGCGGUUCUUCAAAUCUUACCAAAAUCUGUAGCAUGAAAAGAGUGGUACAAAUAUUGUCAAUCUGUUGUGUAGUUGUGUAAUUGUUUUUAAUGGAAUUAAUGUAAGUUGGUUUUCCUCUGUUGAGGUAA